UCAAAUUGUUUUGCUAUUUUUUUUAUAAAUAUUGCUAAAUAUAUUAUUGUGUCUGGAUUUUAUGAAAUGACUUGUAUUUAAUGUUAAACAUAUUUUGUAUCCAAAGUGUCAAAACUGUGUGUGUCUUUAAAUUAAGCAUAUGUUUAGUUGAUUUUUUUAUCGAUUGAUACUAAUUGUGACUAUGGAUAUCAUCAAAACGCCAAAGUUGGAGAACGUUCAGAUGUUGGAUAAAUAUAAUCUUCGAAAUCCAUCAAAGGGCACGCUGUACUUCGCUACGACGCAUCUAAUAUUUGUCGAUCAUGAAAUGAGAAAAGAGACAUGGAUUCUUCUGAUGCACAUAUCGUCUGUCGAACGUUUACCAAUAACCACAACGGGGUCGCCGUUGCUCGUUCGUACCAAAACCUUUCAGUCGGUAUUCUUCGUGAUACCGCGCGAGAGGGACUGUCAUGAGAUGCAUCAGACACUCUUGAGAUUAAGUCAGCCAGUUCAUUUGGAUGAAUUAUAUUGUUUCCACUACAAGUCUACUCCGGAUGAUUUACCGAAGUCAGCCGGCUGGAACUUCUUUGAUAUACAGACCGAGUAUCAAAGGAUGAAUGUACCGAAUGAACAGUGGGUUCUUUGUAACGCCAACAAGGAAUAUGAACUCUGCGACACGUAUCCAAGCGAAAUAUACGUACCAGCACGAGCCUCAACGGCUGUGCUCUUAGGCAGCGCCAGCUUCAGAUCGCGAGGCCGAUUACCAGUUCUCGCUUAUUUACAUCACAAUAAAGCAGCUAUUGCUAGAUGCAGCCAGCCAUUGAGUGGAUUCUCGGCUCGAUGUAUGGAAGACGAACAAAUGCUGGAUCUUAUACGGCGUGCGAAUCCCAACUGCGGUUACAUGUAUGUUGUAGACACAAGGCCCAGGAUAAACGCAAUGGUGAACCGAGCAGCCGGUAAAGGAUAUGAGAAUGAAGCCUUCUACGAAAAUAUUAAGUUUCAGUUCAUGGGCAUCGGGAACAUCCACGUCAUGCGGAAGAGUUUACAAAAGAUAGUCGAAACUUGCGAACAAAACAGCCCAACGAUGUCAUCAUUUCUCAAUGGACUGGAAUCGUCGGGUUGGCUCAAGCAUAUAAAGUCUAUCCUGGACACGUCCUGGUGGAUCGCGAGCGCGAUCGAGAGCGGUGUGAGUGUGUGCGUGCACUGCAGCGACGGCUGGGACCGCACCGCGCAGGUGUGCUCGCUCGCCGCGCUCUGCCUCGAGCCGCACUACAGGACCAUCAACGGCUACCAGGCACUCAUAGAAAAAGAUUGGCUUUCCUUCGGCCACAAAUUCACAGCUCGCUGCGGUCACGUGGCCUGCGACUCGCGGGAGCGGUCUCCCGUCUUCACGCAGCUUCUGGACUGCACGUGGCAGCUGUACAGACAAGCACCAGAGGCGUUCCAGUUCAACGAGAGAUUUCUCCUCACACUACACGAUCACGCGCAUGCGUGCCAAUACGGCACGUUCAUCGGGAACUGUCAGAAAGAUCGCCGUGAUUUAAGAUUGUCUGAACGUACGUUUUCUCUGUGGGGUUACAUGGCGAGUCAUCUAAACGAAUACAAGAAUCCUCUCUAUAACCCCAAAGCACAUCCCGAUGUACUCAAACCAGAUUUGAGUGCACAGAGUAUAAGGUUCUGGCGCGGCAUGUACUGCCGGCACGAGAGCGGCGUCCACCCGCGGGAGUCGCUGGCGGACAUCCUGCCGGCCGCCGUGGAGCACUCCGGCGCCCUGACGCACCACAUCGACUAUCUCGCUAAGAGGAUAUCAACAUUCAAGAACCUUCUCUCUGGACGUAAAGCCGAAAAAAGUAGAGAGACUGCGCUAGUCAAUUACCAGAACGGCGCUGACGACACCGUCGAAAUCGAGACUAAAGUGGAAGGUCUACAGAUAGACAAUAAGCUGCUGUACGAGUCGGGCGGCUCGCUGUCGGAGCUGGAGUGCGCAACGCACGACCACCCCCUCAAGGAGCUGGGAGGAGCCUCGCCCAACACGCAAAAAAUACCUCUUAUAACUGAGAAAGUGGACGCCUCGAUACCCUCGAGUAUGGUUCAACUCGAGGCCGAGAUGAACACCGUAGCCUUGGACUGGAAAAGCAUCAAGAACGUAACGGAGUGCAGCUGCUCCACCCCACUCGACCACUUCAGCAGGAAGCACCACUGCUGGGGCUGCGGGCGCUGCGUGUGCACGCGCUGCGUGUGCGCGCGCGCGCCGCUGCGGGCGCUGAGCGCGCCGCGCGCCGUGCCGCUGUGCGCCGCCUGCGCGCCCGACGCGCCCGACGCGCCCGACGCGCCCGCGCCCUCCCCCGCCGGUCUGGUAUCACAAGCCACUUAAGUUAUUAAUAUCAAAAAUUAUAAUUAUCUUACAGUAAGAGUUGUAAAUGUUUUUCUAUAUUCUGAUUAAUAUCUGAUAUAAGUAGUUAAAAUAUUAUCUUCUCAUCGUUUCUGUUUUGUUAUAAGUUAACGUUAUGACAAAAGUAUGUAUUGAUGAAUUGUACCUUAAUAGAAAAAAGCUGUAUUUGUAAUUUUGCAAUUAUAUAUAACAAAAUAAAAGCGGAGCUUGCAUUAAUAAUUGUAAUAUUUAUUAGUGUUUCAUGUACACGCACAGAUAUAAACAAAUUAUUUUAGAAUUUCAUGACAAUGGAUAUGUGGAACAUCCCUGUUAAGGUAUAUUGCAAUUUAGUUUAAUAAAUAUCUAUGCAAAUGUUGUAGAAACAGUUAAUUUUAAAAUUGUACAUAUUAUUCAAAAAAUAGUCUUAGUUUUUCAGAUUUUUUUUUAUUAAUUCUUAAAUAAAACUUAAAAAUAAUUAUCGUGCGGUUCAAGUAAUAUGGCAUGAAUAGUGUUUUGAUAUUAUUUGAUGAGUAUCCAUUCUAGAUGCAUUUAUCUCUCUCUGUUCAUUAGUUUUAGUAUUUUCGUGUAUUUCAAAAUAGUUUUAAGGUAGAUUUAAGUAGUUUAUAGUAGAUUUAAAAUAUAAAUAAUGAAAAUAAUUUUGAUUAUGAUAAAUUAAUAACACUAGCAUUUUAAUGAGCAUGCUCUAACACAUGCUAGUGACCUGCUUAUUAAUACCAGAAAGACAGAUACCUCAUUGUUCUAUUUACUGGUCAUACUUCACACGUUAAGAAAACCAAAGUAUUAGAGAACCUAUCGUGUAGCACAUCAGGCGAUAUUAACGAAUUACGUUGUCUUAAAGGCAGUAAAAUAAAUUUAAUUUUAUUUAGACUAUUUUUUAUCAGACUUGAUCGUCCGAUCGUCCGCUAUAACAGGAAUCUUAUUGUAUUAUGGAUAAUGGAACGAGUAUUACGAGGUGUAAUUUAAAAACUACCAUUACUUACGGAUUAGAAUAAGGAAUAGUAAAGUAUAUGUAUGUUCUUUUUUUAAUACAGUAACCGAGUGUUACUGUCAUUCCAUCUGACAUUCGCCUGUUACCGCUAAGCCAUAUUCUAUUUUUAAAUAUCAUUUAUUCUCUGUAUACAUGUCAUAAAUGUAAAUUAGUUAGUACAAGACAGAUUUAAUUUAAUUAUAAUUAUAUUAACACUAGGUUAGAUUUUGUUACUUCCGAAAAAAAAUACAAAAAUUAUAGUAUGAAAGUCCAUGUUACGUAUGACCGAUUUUACGAAAUAAAAAUUAAAGAAAAAUACAUUUGUUUUUUGCCUAGUGCGAGGCUUUUACGAUUUUAUUUGAUAGCGUUGACAUUUAGUGAUAUUUUUAUGAAAUCAAAACAGCGCUGUCUAGUGACAGAAAUCGGAAUCACUAUUUGCGAGUUUGACUUUUUUAACGAGCAUCGAACAUCGACUCGCAUUCGAAAGUGACAACGUUAAUGCUCGUGAUUGGUUGUUUCGAGUCUUUUGCGAGAAAAUUUGUAAAACUUGCACUUGUCAUACAGCUCAUAAGCUGACCUCUUGGUUGCAGCGGGUUCGGGAACCCGGGUCUCAAAUUAUUUCUUGCGGUGUAAUGUGCGGUUUAUUCUUAAAAAUGUAAAGUUUUUUUUUAUUGCGUUAUAAUGAAGAAAAGGUUCUCUAUUCUUGUUUCUAACAAGAAUAGAGAACUUUUCAUUUGGAAAUGAUGUUGAC